UUUCAAAGGCAACCAGCAUGGAUUUAUAAUCCACAUCAAAAUGAUAUAUGCUAAACGAACUUCAUAUAAAACAAAAUUCUGUUAAUUGUUCACAAUCCAAAGUAUACAGAGCAACUAACGUAUUUGAUUGGUAUUUUUUUCAAAUACCAAUCAAAUUGGUAGAAUUUCUACCUACAUUGCUGACAUGUCUCCAUAAAAAGCCAAAAAAGGUAUUGCAGACUUGCAUGCUGGGAUAAGGUAUAAGGAGACAUUUGGGUGUAUGGGAAGACAGCCAAUCAAAUGUUGGUUUAGGGAAAACAUCUGGGUUCUGAUCAAGUGCUCAUCCAGUUAAAAAACAUUCUACAAUAACAAAAGUUUUAAGAUGUUGAUUCUUUGUUACUCAAUACAAUGGCAAAUUAAGCUAGGCCUUGGAAAUUUAGUUAAAAAGGAUCUCAGAUUAAGUACCGGAGCUGGUAGCCUAUAAAUGCUAUCCUUGCACCCCCUAGAUUUUCACUAAUACUACAAAUAUUUCAAUAUCCUUAGAACUUGAAGGACUAUUGCCUAUUAAGUUAUUAUUAAAACAGGUUUUGUAAUAAAACUAUGUGAGACAUAGUCCAUUACAAAACAUUGCUUGCUUUUUCUUGUUACUUUGUCUACUACUUGGUUGAAAUAAUCACUGCAGUUUACCUUUGUUCAUUUUCUGACAGGUGACCACACUUUCAAAUCUUUGGGUACAAUCUUAUUUUUGCUUUUGAAGAAAGCUGCUCUAACAAUUCAGAUAUUUGAAGACUGCUUCCUUUCCUCAGUUGCUGUUCUGAAAGUUAAACUUUUAUCCAUUUUAGCCAUUGGCUUCCAUGCUUUCCAUCUUGGUAGCCAUGCUCUGAACUUGCUCCAGAUUUUCAUCACCCUUGUAACUGGUGCCCACAUUGAGAACAGUAUUCCAAAUAGGAUCUGAUCAGGGCAGGUAGAAUAGAACAUUUGCUUCCUGUUAUAUGGAUUCAAUACUACUAAUGCAAAUAGCAUUUACUUUUACACUGCAGCUUCAUGUUUUAAUCUGACAAGGACAUUCAAAUUCAUGUGUAUUACUACUAAACAAGGCCUCUCCUCAUCCUCUACUUGAGGCUUCCAUUUGUCCAUUAGAGGCUUCUAUUUGUUCAGUUGCAGAAUGUAAUAUUUCUCAAUUUUAAAAAAAUUAAAUUAAAAAAACCAGUAAAAGGUGAUGAUUAUACAGAGAAGAAAACUAAAAGAAAAAAAACCAUAUAACCGCAAACAACUUAAUCCUUAAGCUUAUAAUUAAAUCUAGACUGUUAUAUCAUUUUAAGGGGAAAAAAAGAUUGAAAAAAUACCCUGAACCUAGCCCAUAUAAUCAAGAGAGUAUGUUCCCCCCUCCUAGCAUCUUUGCCAUGCCACAGGUUUGGUAGAGGCAAAAAUCCUGAAAUGAUAGAUUUUAUGUUUUAGGAAAACAAUUGGAUAUCGCAUUAAGAUACUUUUAUUAUUUCUUCCCAAAGUUGUAUAGAUUUAUGUAAUAACUGAAUCCAAGCAAGGCGGACAAGACCAGAUACGACUGCAAAAAAAAUUGGAAAUUUAUUUCCUACAACAACGUAAAAAUAUUUGAUGUCUAACCUUUUUUAAAAAAAUAGGAAAUAUUUCUAAUGAAUUUCAUGUUUAAAUAUUAAGUAUAUUGCAUAUUUUUAAAACCUGGGCCCAUUGAUUCUCCAAAACUGCAUAUUCCACAAUUGAUAUAUAAUUUUCAUUUUGUUUUUUAAUUCCUUAAAAAAAUGGUUUUCAUUCAAGUGCUGCAUCUCUAAAUUGCGGAUAUCUUGGAAGCUCCUAGACUAGAGCAUCCUGACUACUGUUUAGUUAACUAUUUCUACUGUAUAUACUGCCAAGUGAAUGUUGUAGUUAAGCUUGUCAAACUAAUCUAUACUGUUCAUUGCACCUGCAUGACUCUUUAAGUUAUAAACAAAGGAAAUGUAGAAAUAUUAAAUUACUGAUAUUCCUCCAGCAAUAUAGGUUCAAUAAUCCUGUUAUCCAAUCUCAAUUGGAAGACUAUUAAAUUGGAAUUUCAUGUGGAUCAGGGAUGUUUGUUGGUUUCCUAGGUUGCAGUGCCUCUUGUGAUUUCUUGUAAUGCCAGUGGUUGUGUCAAUUUAUCUUUAUUAGAAAUUUUUAUUUCAGUAUUGACCAGGGCUUCUCUAUUACAUUUCAUCUUACUACCUGUAGCCCAUUGCUGAAGGCUGAAUCAAUCAUUGUCUAUUUUUUUCUUUAAAAAAAAUAGUCACAUGCUUUGUGUCCUUUACAAACUCCCCUCAAAUGUUUGUGAGGGCCAUAAAAGCUUAGCAAAAUAACAAGAGUUGGAAGGGACAUUGGAGGUCUUCUAGUCCAAUCCCCUGCUCAGGCACUAAUUUCACUAAUUUCAGACAAAUGGUUGUCCAAUCUCUUAAAAACUUCCAUUGUUGGAGCAUUCACAACUUCUGGAGGCAAGUUGUUUCACUGAUUAGUUCUAACAGGAAAUUUCUCCUUAGUUCUAGCUUGCUUCUCUCCUUGAUUAGUUUCCAUCCAUUUGCUUCUUGUUUUGCUGUUGCUGUCGGGAGAAUACGUUGAUUCCCCCUUCUUUGUGGCAACUCCUUAGAUCUUAAUUAAAAUAACAGGUAAGGGAAGUGGCUGAAACAUCCGUGCAAUAUAUCGUACAUUAAGAGGGAAUCAUCAUCCUCAAAUCACUGCACAGACAGAGCAAGAGGAACUGCCGGGGUACAGGAAAAAGCUGGAGACUGCCACAACCUGAAACGCGCGUCUCUGCAAAGAAGCCUCGCUUAGAACCAAUAGUCCAGCUCGGGCCCAGCACUUGGGAUGCAUCUUGAAAUAAGCGACGCGAGGUCGGAGCCGCUCGGCCUUUGAAUGGUAGACAACCACGAAGAACCUGCCAAGGAAAAGCAAGGGUUUGUUACCGUUAGCAUCAAUAGGGCUUGAUCCAAAGGUGCUUUUUUUCAGGAGGCAACUGAACUUUCUUGUUUUUUCUUUUGAAGACGUUUCGCUUCUCAUCCAAGAAAGCGAAACGUCUUCAAAAGAAAAAAACAAAGCCCAAUUGCCUCUUGAAAAAGCACUUUUGGGACAACCAUGAACUGGAUGACUGAGAAUCCCUACAGACAUCAAUAGGGUUUAUUCCUGUACGUCCUGUUCAGAUUUCUCUAAAUCGUAACUUCACAACUCGAGCCUAUCAUCGCCCCAGCAGGCUGUAGUUGAGCAAAGCUCCUCCCUUUCCGGCGUCUAAGCAUCUGGCGGAAGGCAGCGUCCGGGCGGAAAAGCUUCCCCCAGCCGUGGAGAGAUCCUCCUUUUGUUUUCUGAAGCCCGGAUCCAAAGGCAGACAGAGCUGCGCUUGGGUUCUGUCGCCCUCCUGCUCUCCCACCACCCGGCUUCGCCCAUAGCUUGCCCUGCUUUUUCUCUUGAGCGGGCCAUCCUGCAGGAUCCUUCCAGUGUGUUGCGCAGCCCCACAUGGUUUUGCACGUGGGAAGCUGCUCCGAGAGUUUCCAUAGCCGACCGGAUUCCCUUCGCGCGUAGACUGGAGUGAGAAAGGCAGAAUUGGGAACGGAUCUGCCACUGAAAAUGCAGCGCAAGAAAGUAGAUAAUCGUAUCCGGAUCCAAAUAGAGAAUGGAGUGGCUGAACGACAGAGGACCCUCUUUGUUAUAGUAGGGGAUCGUGGCAAAGAUCAGGUGGUCAUACUUCAUCAUAUGUUGUCCAAAGCUGCUGUAAAGGCUAGACCCACAGUGCUGUGGUGUUACAAGAAAGAGCUGGGCUUUAGCAGCCACCGUAAAAAAAGAAUGAGACAGUUGCAGAAGAAAAUUAAAUCUGGAAUGUUAGAUCUAAAGCAAGAUGACCCCUUUGAACUGUUCAUAGCAGCCACAAACAUUCGGUAUUGUUACUACAAUGAGACACACAAAAUCCUUGGGAAUACUUUUGGCAUGUGUGUACUCCAGGACUUUGAAGCCUUGACUCCAAAUCUCCUUGCUCGAACGAUUGAAACUGUGGAAGGGGGAGGUAUCAUCGCAAUUCUUCUGAGGACAAUGAAUUCCCUGAAGCAACUUUAUACAAUGACCAUGGAUGUUCACUCCCGCUAUAGAACAGAGGCACAUCAGGAUGUGAUUGGCAGAUUUAAUGAAAGGUUCAUUCUCUCUCUGGCCUCUUGUAAAACCUGUGUAGUUGUUGAUGAUCAGCUGAAUAUCCUCCCCAUCUCUAGUCAUGCUGCAAACAUUUCAGCUCUGCCACCUCGGUCACAGGAAGAGAGCCAAAGUCCUAGUGAGUUGGAACUGAAGGAGCUAAAGGAGAGCUUACAGGACACACAACCGGUUGGCACAUUGGUUGAUGUUUGUAAAACGCUGGAUCAGGCAAAAGGAGUCCUCAAAUUCAUUGAAGCCAUUUCUGAGAAAACCCUAAGAAGCACUGUGGCUUUAACAGCUGCUAGAGGCCGUGGGAAAUCGGCUGCCUUGGGAUUGGCAAUAGCGGGAGCAGUGGCUUUUGGCUAUUCCAACAUUUUCGUCACAUCUCCAAGUCCAGAUAAUCUCCACACCCUGUUUGAAUUUGUAUUUAAAGGCUUUGAUGCUCUACAGUACCAGGAACAUUUGGAUUAUGAGAUCAUUCAGUCUCUCAAUCCUGAAUUCAGCAAAGCGGUUGUGAGAGUCAAUGUGUUUCGAGAACAUAGACAGACAAUCCAGUAUAUCCAUCCUGCUGAUGCUGUAAAACUGGGGCAGGCUGAACUUGUGGUAAUUGAUGAAGCUGCUGCCAUUCCUCUUCCUUUGGUGAAGAACCUGUUGGGUCCUUAUCUGGUCUUCAUGGCUUCUACAAUCAAUGGAUAUGAGGGCACCGGCCGUUCCUUGUCUUUGAAACUGAUCCAGCAGUUACGACAGGAGAGUGCACAGGCCCAAGCCAGCGUAAUUGCAGAGAACAAAACAACCAUUACAGCUAAACUGUCCUCAGCCCGUACAUUGCAUGAAGUUUCGCUUCAGGAAUCCAUUAGAUAUGCUCCAGGAGAUCCAGUUGAAAAGUGGCUGAAUGAUUUGCUAUGCUUGGAUUGUCUCAACAUCACGAGAAUUAUAUCUGGUUGUCCAUUGCCCGAAAACUGUGAUUUAUAUUAUGUGAACAGAGACACUCUGUUCUGUUAUCACAGAGCUUCAGAAACUUUUCUUCAGAGAUUAAUGGCCCUGUAUGUGGCUUCUCACUACAAGAAUUCUCCUAAUGACCUCCAGAUGCUUUCGGAUGCUCCAGCCCAUCAUCUCUUUUGCCUUUUGCCACCGGUCCCACCUACUCAAAAUUCCUUGCCAGAAGUUCUUGCUGUGGUCCAGGUAUGUUUGGAGGGUGAGAUAUCACGACAAUCUAUUAUGAACAGCCUGUCCAGAGGAAAAAAAGCCUCAGGAGAUCUCAUUCCGUGGAACAUCUCAGAGCAGUUCCAAGAUCCUGAUUUUGGGAGCCUUUCUGGUGGAAGAAUUGUACGCAUUGCAGUCCAUCCUGAUUACCAAGGGAUGGGUUAUGGUAGCCGAGCUUUGCGUUUGCUCCAGAUGUAUUAUGAAGGCAAAUUUCCUUGCUUGGAAGAAAAGGUUAUUCGGAAGCCACGAGAAAUUGCUACUGUGAGCAGUGAGGCUGUCAGCUUACUAGAAGAAGCUGUGAUGCCUCGGAAGGAUUUGCCACCUCUUCUUCUCAAGCUGAGUGAGAGGCAAGCUGAGAAUCUGGACUACCUUGGGGUCUCUUAUGGGUUGACGCCAAGGCUACUCAAAUUUUGGAAACGGGGUGGAUUCGUGCCGGUCUAUUUGAGGCAAACUCCAAAUGAUCUGACCGGGGAACAUUCCUGCAUUAUGUUGAAGAUGCUGAACGAAGAAGAAGAGAACACGGAGGAGAGUUGGCUCACUGCUUUCUGGAAAGAUUUCAGGAGGAGAUUCUUGUCUCUCUUGUCUUACCAGUUCAGCACUUUCUCCCCAUCAUUAGCUUUGAAUAUAUUACAAAACAGGAAUGUCAAGCAACAGUCACAAUCCUCUCUCAGUCGUAAUGAACUAGAAGCGGUCUUCAUCCCUUAUGACCUGAAGAGACUAGAGAUGUACUCAAGAAACAUGGUGGACUAUCACUUGAUCAUGGACAUGAUCCCAACUAUUUCUAGAUUGUACUUUCUCAACAAGUUUGGAGCUAUGCCUCUUUCUGCUACUCAGGCUGCUCUUCUUCUUGGAAUCGGUCUCCAGCACAAAUCUGUGGACCAGUUGGAGAAAGAGAUAGGGCUUCCUAGCAGCCAGUUAAUGGGCCUCUUCAACAGGACCAUCCGCAAAGUUGUUCAGUUGUUCAACAGUAUCCAGGAGAAGGCUGUAGAAGAGCAAAUGGCAGUAAUGAAAGAAGUUGUAAUGGAACCAACCCUGAAAUCUUUAAAUGAAGAUUUGGAAGAAGCAGCCAAAGAAUUUCAAGAAAAACACAAGAAUGAGAUUGGAAAGCUAAAAGACCUGGAUCUUUCACAAUACGUUAUCCGAGGGGACGAUGAAGAAUGGAACGAAGUGCUGAGUAAAGCAGGACAGGAUGCAUCUGUGGUCAGCCUGAAGAGUGACAAGAAGAGAAAAUCAGAAGUUGCCAUAGAACCAAGACAGGAGAAGAAAUUUAAGAAAAAAAAUCCAAAACUGAAGUUGAAGAAAUGAUUAAAAGGAGGGAAAGCCUCCAUCAUAUGGACUUGGACUUUCUCUUUUGUGAAAUCCUGAUGUCGUUUGCCAAGCAAAUGAGUUGAAAUUCUGAGGAAACUUUACCUUAGGAGUGGAAAAGCCACAACAAUUUCUUUUUAUUGUUGUUGUUGCUUAAUAUAAAAGCAGCCUUCAAGCAACAUCAUUUGGAAGAUAUUUUUAUUGCUGCCAGCUCAGCAUUUGUGUUUCAUUAAGAGAGACUGCAGAGCAGCAAACUGGAUUAUUACCAGGAAUUGUGACUUCAAUAUUGCCUUGCAAAAUCUGAUGUGUUCUCUCUCUCUCUCUCUCCCUCUCUCUCUCCCUCCCUCCCUCCCUCCCUCCCUCCCUCCCUCAGACACACACACAUCCUUUCUCACAUUCUCUCUCUCUUUAUAUGGGCACAUGUUGCCUAUGAAGAUCUUCCCUUUGAGUUCCUAUUGGAGAUUUGAAGAGAAUCUGGUAUUCAAUGUUAAGCUGUUCUUUUUUAAAAGAAAAUCAGAGUGGGAUUAAAAAGCAUUCCAUGUUAUUUUACACUGCUGAAAGUACUUUAGAUGCUUGUCACUCAUUAUUGUUCAUUGAUGAUAAGCUUACUGGUCUGAAUGUAUGGAGUCAGUUCUUUUACACCAUAAGUGGUUAUGCUGUGGGCAGGUAAGUGGAGACUUGCCAGUUAAAUUGACUUUGUGAUUACAUCAGGGCUCAGAUCUUCCAUCCGUAAGAGAACAAGUAGGAUUAGGUGAUUGCUUGAGACUUGACUUUUCGUGCACUGUGUGUUGCAGAGAAAAGUGUAAGUGUAUAAUCCCAAGUGCUGCUUCAGAAUGUUGUGCUGUUAACCUCCAGUAUAGUCUUUUUAUCAUUAAGACUCUGGACGUUAGCUGGAAAGUAUUUCAGUGCCAUUUGAUGGAAGUUCAAAAGUUCAAAUUGAGAACAUUUAAUAGUGUGUGAUUGAAGUGGUACACUCGAUUCCCAUGGCUCUGUUCCUUCUCCAUGGAUGUUGUCCCCCACCCCCUUUUCUGCAGCCUCCUUUCCCAGUAAAUAUUACAAUCAUAUAUUAAACUGACUUUAUAUGAUUUUCCUUACUGGGCUUACGGAGAUUCAUCUUAUGGAUCGUGGGCUCUCUUGCUCUCUCUGUUUUUGUUGGCUAGCUCAAUAGGAAUGUUGCCUAACACAAUUAAAGCUUACGCUGCAAUUUAUUUUACCUUGGGUUGAGCUGCUUUUGCGUGGCCUUGGAUCAUUUCGGGUUUGAGGUCUGCCUUGCCAACAGUGAACAGUUGAUUUGUCAAAAGAUUAGGGAUGACUGAAGUCCUCAAGUGUUCCAAUCCCAACCUUGAACUGGAGUUCCAACUAUGCUGGAACUCCAGCACAAAGUGGGACUUGAAAGAUUAUGUUGCAGCUCCUUGUGGAACUCCAGGCAGCUUGACAGGGAGGAGUGGGGGGAGUAUUUUGAGAAUGGGAGGAGAAAUUAAGUACUUUUAGGGCAUCUAGGAGUGCCAAAAAAGUGGUUAAGGUGUUUUCACCCAUUCUGCAUAGAGCCAGCCAUGCCUUCUUCCAGAUACUUUGUUCUAUCCUCUGACUGAGUUUCUACUUUCUUACCUCAUUUUUUUUUUUGGUACUAAAUAUCAUCCAAAACUCAUGGGCUGUUUGGAGGAUUCUACUCAAACAAUUUAAAAAUAAAGUUGUCUUUGGGCAAAGUCCAGGGUUUUAUGGAACACGCUGAUCCCUCGUUCUUGUUUCUUGUUGGCUUGUUUUGGCUCCUUCUUGUCAGGGUUCACCUGGUGAGUUUGUUGUGAAAGGGAAUGAAAGCAGCUUUGAAUGCGGUUCAGAUUCCUACCGGUUGGAAAGAUUCCAGCCAGGGAGCAAGUAGGGCAGACAAAGAUGCCUGGGUGGAAUUUCAGAGCAGCUGCCAGUCACCGCAGAUACAAAUAGAUAGAUGCCUUAGUGAUCUAAUUCAGCCUUUUUUAUAAGGGGCUUCGUUCAUUCACGUCUGUCGGAUCGAAUCUGUGUGGUGGUGGAACAGCAGCGGGAGGUAAAGGAGCUUGUGUUGGGAGCGAGUGACUCAGGCUGCCUUAAUGCAAUUUGAGUCCAAGGUAGCAAGAGUUUUAAAUUGCUUCCAAAUGCAUCCAUUAGCCUGUAGAGAGCAUAAGGACAGACGUCCACAGAUGUUCUUGUUUUAGCGACUGCGUAACUGCCUGCCUGUUCGGAUCAGUAGGAGGUCUCCCUCUGGGUUACAUCCUGCGUAAAAAGGGUAGGUUAGAAACGUCCACUGAUAGAUUGAUUUAAUGGGAGGGAAAUGUAAAAUAAUGAAACACUUGCAGUUCUAAGAACAGCUAGUAUAAAAUAGUUAUUACUGGUUUGUAAUCAUUAUUGGUUAAAAGUAGUAUGCAGGCGAAGAAAGGCAACACAAGUUGCCUUCCUUCCUAGGGCCACAAUUGAGCCCCAAAUUUGUGUCACUGAACGAGACAGUUAAAUGACUUUUGCCCCAUUUUAUGACCUUUCCUGCCACAGUUGUUAAGCGAAUCACUGCAGUUGUGAAUCACACAAUUGUAAAGUGAAUCUGGCUUCCCCAUAGACUUUGCCUGUCAGAAGGUCCCACAAGGGAGAUACAUGGCCCCGAGACAUUGCAUCCGUCAUAAAUAGGAGUCCAUUGCCAAGCAUCUGAAAUUUGAUCACAUGACCACGGGGAUGCUACAAUGGUUGUAAGUCUGAUAAAUGAUCCCAAGUCACUUUUUUUCAGUACCGUUGUAACUUCGGUCACUAAACGAACAGUUGUUAAGUUGAGGACUAUCUGUAUUUGUAAGAUUUCCAAGUAAUUUCUGUUUGAGUUAGGAUUGUCUUCUGCUUCCACUACUGCCACCUCUUAAUUCUAUACUGUUGCAUGACUGCUACAAAGAAGAAUAGAAUAGACAUUGGAGGUCUUCUAGUCCAGAGCCCUGCUAAAGCAGGAGAACCUAUACUAUACCAUAGAAAUGGCUGUCUAGUCUCUUCUUAAAAACCUCCAGUGAUGGAACGCCCAUGAUUUCUGAAGGGAAGCUAUUCCACUGGUUAAUUGUCCUCAUGGUUAGGAAGUUUCUCCUUAAUUCCAGAUUGAUUUGCUCUUUGAUUAGUGUCAGUCCAUUGUUUCUUGUCCUGCCCUCUGAUGCUUUGUAGAAUAAUUUGACCCCCUCUUCUUUGUGGC